UCGAGCAUGUGCAGUACCAGACACGAAGUGGAGCUGGAGGAAGUGGACGAGUAAAAGGCGCGAUAAGGGACUGAAAUGAGAAAGUGAGAAAUCGAACUGAUCGUGAUGGAUUUUGCACUGUUAUAGGGCGGUGUCAGUAGAGGAAUUGAUAGACAGGAAGCUCAAACCAAACAUCACGUUAAGCUUCGAGAGAAUAACUCGAUUGAAUAUUAUCAGCAUCUGAAUGCGGAAAUCGGAACAUUUGUAGUCAGUGAACUCAAACGUCACUUCAGAUUCUGACGGAAAUAUUGAACUCAUCAGGACCUGAAUAUCAUCAGACUUUGAUCAUGGAAGCCAAAAGCAGCGUUCGCACUGAGAAACCAUGGCAAUGUGGGGACUGUGGGAAGGAAUUCAAAUAUCCAUCCCUCCUGGAAAGUCAUCGGCGCAGUCACACUGGGGAGAGACCAUUCACCUGCUCCGAGUGCGGAAAAGGAUUCAUUUGGUCAUCCAAUCUGCUGACACACCAGCAAGUUCACACAAGAGAGAGGCAGUUCAUCUGCUCUGAGUGUGGGAAAGGAUUCACUCACUCAUCCCACUUGCUGACACACCAGCGAGUUCACACUGGGGAGAGACCUUUUAAAUGUCCAGACUGUGGGAAUUGCUAUAAAAGUUCUGGAGAACUAAUGUCCCAUCAACGUGUUCACACUAACGAGAAACCUUUCAGGUGCUCUCACUGUGGUACUCGGUUCAAGCGAUCAUCUCAACUCACGAUACACCAGCGAGUUCACACUGGGGAGAGACCAUUCAUCUGCACUCUGUGUAGGAAGGGAUUCAUUCACUCAUCUGACCUGGUGAAACACCAGCAAGUUCAUUCUAAUGAGAGACCUUUUAAAUGUUCAGACUGCAGGAAAUGCUAUAAAAGUUCUGGAGAACUGAUGUCCCAUCAACGUGUUCACACUGAUGAGAGACCAUUCAGAUGCUCUCACUGUGGGACUGGGUUCAGACGAAAUUCUAACCUCACUGUACACCAGCGAAUUCACACAGGGGAGAGGCCAUUCACUUGCUUCAGGUGCGGGAAGGGAUUCACCAGGUCAUCUUACCUGCUGAAACACCAGCAAAUUCAUUCUGAUGAGAGAAUUUUAGAUGUUCAGAAUGUGGGAAAUGAUCAGAAGAUUCUGGAGAAUUAAUGCCCACGACCAUGUUCACAUUAUUGAAAUACCUUUUGAAUGCUCAGAUUGUGGAAAGUGCUUUUAAAGUUCUCAACAACUGAUGAUCCAUCAAUGUCUUUACACAGUGGAGAGACUGUUCCAGUACUCUCACUGUGGGACUGGGUUCAGGUGAUUAUUUCAACUCAUUGUACGCCAGUGAGUUCAUACUGGAGAGAGAUCGUUUGCCUGCAUUGAGCAUGAGAAGGGAUUCCCUCAAUCAUCGCACCCUCUGAAACACCAGGGAGUUCAUAAGUAACCACAGUGGUUGCAUUUUGUUAUUAAUCAUAUUUGGGAAUGAACUCAUUUCAUCAGGGUCUGUUUCUACUGAUGUUAAAUUGACUCUCCUUCAAUCAUAGGUUUUGAUUUUCUGGAUAAAAGUCAAAUAAACUAGCUUUCUGUUAAACACAAAAUGUAUUUUUUUUCAAAUAACACAAAUACAAGUUGAUUUCUUUUGGCCUUCUUAGCGAGAGGAUUCAGGAACAGGAGCAGGGAUGUCUUGCUGCAAUUGCACGUGUCUCAGUGAGACCAUAGCUGGAGUAUUGUGUACAGUUUUGGUCGCUUUAUUUGUGGAAGAAUGUUCUGACUGUGGAGGGAAUACAGUGAAGGUUUACCAGAAUGAUUCCUGGGAUGGC